AUGAAUGAACCAGUGUUAAUUGGUAUUGAAAUACCAUAUAAUCUACAAAUAAUAAAUGGAAAGAAUAUUUUCAAGAAAGAUAUUAAUAAAUUUAUUAUUCCAUCUUCAAUUACUAAAUUAGGUGAUUAUUGUUUUAGUAAAUGUCAUUCAUUAACAUCUAUUAAUAUACCAUCAUCAAUUAAUAAAAUAGGAUAUUGUUGUUUUUCUAGUUGUUCAUCAUUAAAAUCAAUUAAUAUACCAUCAUCUGUUAGUAAAUUAGGAGAUAGGUGUUUUGAUGAAUGUUUAUCAUUAACAUCAAUCAAUAUACCAACAUCAAUUAAUAAAAUAGGAGAUGGAUGUUUUAAUGGAUGUUCAUCAUUAAAAUCAAUUAAUAUACCAUCAUCAAUUAAAUCAUUUGGAAAAUCUUGUUUUUAUGGUUGUGGAUGUGAAAAAGAAUUAAAGAAAAAUGAAAGAAUACCAAUAGAUUUUUUUAUAUGA